AUGGCUGGCAAUAUUGUCAACAAGACAUGUCACUGGCCUUUCUUCAUACUACCUCAGGGGCCAAGAAUUUCUUUCAAGUCUGGUGUUGUACAGAUGAAGAUCAAACAAUUGGAAACUUCAAGGCACACAUUUAGUAAGCCUGGAAAAAAUCUUGUUUAUGAUAAGCAGUACACAGUCAACAGCACUGCUGUGGAGAACAUCCUUAAGGAACAGUCCCUGGUUCCUACAGCAAUCACAGGUUUGGUGCUACACCAGUUCAAAAAGAAAACUUGUGGCGCUUUCAGAACCCGUGAGCUGAAGUGGGAAACAGACACCCAAUUUUGGUGUGCUGUGUAUCAUGGUUGCACUACCUUGGAGAUAAAGCAGAGUGGAGCACAUUUAUCGCAAGCAGAUCAGACAAUUUCCUCCAGCCAAUCCCUUCCUUCUUUGUGCCAACUUAAACCUCUUCCUUCCUCGAGCCAGCCCCUUCCUCCUUCAAGCCCACCUGAAAAUUUCAAACUGUAUCCAAACAACGUACUCCAGCCAAACGACAAUGGAUGUGGAGUAAAAAAAAUUUCCCUCAAUACUUACAAGGUUCAUACAAUGGGUGAUUAUGUUUCCACCAUCCAAAAGUUUGGAACUACAGACUUGUAUACUAUGGAACUUUUUGCUACUAGGGGGAACUUGAACAUUGCACACCCAAAGCCCAAUAUGCACGCACAAGUUGUAAAUUAUAUGUCCAACAGAUCACAUGCAUCAAACAAUGUGAAUACCAAAUUUGGCACAUUCACAAGUGCAUAA